GCGAUGGCCCUGCAGGGAAGACAGGUCUAGCUGGAAGAAGAGGCAGGCGAGGCAAGGCAGGGUCACGAGGGACCAGAGGAGGUCGAGGAGAAAAGGGAGAAAAGGGGCAGACGGGUUCCAGCGGCCAUCAGGGAUGGACAGGUCUCAUAGGAAUCCACGGCUUGCGCGGCGAAUCUGGAGACCAAGGAGAGAAGGGGCUAGUGGGAGAGAAGGGAGAAAUGGGUUCACCGGGACCUGCCGGGACUGAUGGCCCCAAGGGUUUACGAGGUCCAGUUGGGAUGCCUGGACCCGCGGGUAUCAAGGGAGAACAGGGACACAUCGGUCAGUCAGGGUCCAGAGGAACCUCUGGGAUGCCAGGACUUCCUGGUUUGUUUGGACUGAAGGGUUUGAAGGGCUACCAGGGGUUACCAGGGCAACAGGGAAGGCGGGGGCUCCCGGGACCCCCUGGGCUGCCCGGACCACCUGGACCCUCGCUGAACCUGACCUUGACACAGAUUAAGGACCUGAUGUACAUGUCAGACAAGCCCAACUACAACAUCCUCCAGAGCCUGCUGGAGUCCCUGAAGCAGGACCUGCGGCUGCUGCUGGACCCCCCCGACGGCUCCAAGGAGCACCCUGCCUCCACCUGCCUGGAGCUCUGGCUCUGCCACCCAGACUACCCCAGCGGGAUGUACUACAUCGACCCGAACCAGGGCAGCUACGCAGACGCCCUGCUGGCCUACUGCAGCUUUUUAGACACGUCCAAGCAGACCUGCCUUCAUCCCAGAGACUCCCAGAUCCCUAUGAGGGCCUGGAUGGAAGACAUCCAUGACGAGAACUUCCAUUGGCUCAGCAGCAUGGAGCACGGCUUCCAGUUUGAGUUUGCAGGAGUCACGGUGGUGCAGAUGCGUUUCCUGCGGCUGCACAGCUCCAGGGCCAGCCAGAAGGUGACCUACUCCUGCCACCCGGGCCACAGGCUGGGCCAGGGGGAGCGCGACGUCAAGUUCCUGGCCGACACCAGGAAACAGAGCUUCCUAUCGACGCUCAAAGACUGUGUGCCCGGGGAGCAGAGUGCGCGCGGCCCCAGGGAGUCUGUGCUGGAGUUUGAGGACCUCCAGCUGCUCCCCCUCAGGGACAUGGCGGUGAUGGGAGGACACAACUUCACCCACCACUUCAGCUUCACCAUCGGGCCCGUGUGCUUCAGCUAGAGGCACCGAGGGGUGGCCCGACACCGUCACACAACGGAACCCACAGACUGUGUUCAGGCACCCCCCCUCCGCCCUCCCCCACCACCACACGGGACACCUACAACAUGGAGAUCACACCAAUAAGGGGACAACACGGGAGGCCUGUCCUCCAUUUUGUGAUCUCGUGUGGACGCCACUAUUCAUUUCCUCUUCCUUUUAUCGGAGAUUGCGUUUCUGCCAUUUUUCUACAAGGUCAAGGACAUAUCUUUUCAAUAUUGUUUACAGAGAUGUUUAUCUUGGAUUGAAUAAUUUAAAAUGGUUAUUUUUUUUGUUUGUUUGAUGUAUUUUAUAUAUAAUGGACUCUCCCUCCCUAUUGGACUUGUGUAUGCUGUCCCAGCCCUCUGCUAUAACAAUCCCUUUGUAUAUAGAGUUCAGAAUGCCCCAACUGGUCUGUUAACAACGUGUUCACGCACUGCAAAUACUCCUCCUCUGGCGCCCCUCGAUAAGGCCAGUGACCAGAUCAUAACGAGCGCUCCACUGCCCAAGGAUGACUUGAACACUACAGCCAAUGAGUUGUCUGUGUCAGUGCUUUUGUUCCAAGGUGCUAAGAAACGGGCACUAUGUAUUCUGGCAGAAAGGGAACGGCCAUAUUAAUCGUAUGCAUAAACUUGAAGUUGUCCAACGUAUCUCGUUGUGGAUAAACUCCCCUAGCUUUCCUAUACCAGGCUAUACUCUGAUCCGGUUUAGCAGUGUAUUUCACGUAUUGCUACUUUUUUACCUCCAUAAUUGUAUAUACUCCUCAUCUCAGGUAUGCUACUUCAUAUGAUACGCACGUGAACACUGAUGCCUCUGUGCACACCACACAAGUUUAAUCGGCCACUCAUAAAUCAUCAACAACAAAGUUGUCCAACACGGUAAAACUUACUAGUUUUCUUGUUAAGUUUGCGAGUUCACUUGUAAAAUUUGCACAUGAAAUUCUAAAACAUAAAAAGUUAUUGUAUUCUUCGCUGAGGGCAAACACUUUAAAGGGUCCUGUUGUACCGGUGAUAAACUGGUAGGCGUAUCGAUCACAUCAAACAUCUGGGUGGACCCUCCAAUUUAGGAUCUCACUAAAGGUGGAGAUUUUGAAAGGAAUUGUAGUGGAGAGUAAAAGUCACACCUUUUCCUCCUGAAUGAUCAUCAACAUCAAGAUUAUUAUUACAUUACUAUAAGCAGAACUAGGUCCUGUUUCUGAUUGGUAGACUCAGUUAACUGCACAGACUCCAGAGGACAAGGCAGACGAGAUGGUCCGAGGAAGGAAGCAGAAAAGGAUUACAGUUUUUAUCCUUCCAUACAAAAAUUAUUUUGGAUAAAUUACAAAAGUAGUUGAGCACACAAGUUUUGUUCCUCCAUCUCCCAUCUGAAUACUGAACCAUGUUUUGUUUAAAUUGUUGCGAAUGGCUUUUGGAACAAGACAGGCUCGGCAAUUCUGUUGGUUACACAGCUCUGCUGCCAUGGUGCUACAAAAGCCUUCAAAGUUUUAAAUAGGUGGUUCUUCAUUUAUUCUUUGUAUUUGUCUUUUUUUUUUAUAUCAGCAUAUGAUUGCCUUAGCUGGCUGAGACUGAUCAUUGGUACUUAAUACUGACCCUGUUUGUAUAAAUCAUAGUGAAGUGAAUUCAUGCUGGACAUUUGUCUUGUCAUUAAAAACAAAAAAAGAACUAUACGGUUGAAUAAAAA